AUGAGCAAGAGCCUGUCCGCUGACACGACAACGGUCCGUGCAUCGCGCCAACGAGAUGAGCUGGAUGUACCUGUCGCAUCCACGCAAAGCGAUACAUCCCUCACGGCCUCAGAUCGCGUCUCUACUCGUUCAGAAAGCGUAGCGAUACCGGAAAGUAAGACUGCGGUCUCGACACAACACGAGACAAGCUCACGUCCCGUCACAUCACCAGCACGAUUGUCACGCUCUUCAGAAAGUGUUAUGAGUGCGGUGAGUAGUACAACGAGUCAUCCACCACAUUCCCACAGGAAAAAUAGUGGCGCGUCUCGUGCGACCUUGGAUCGGGCGAAUACGAGUAGUUCGUCUAUUCAUGAGUUUGGGAUCGAUGUGGGUGUUGGUUUGCCGAGUAUCGGACAGAUACAAGUUCAAGAGCCGCCUAUGGAUAUCGCGCAAAUCAAGGCUGCGAAAGCAAUGGAGGAUUCGACCGUCCAUGAAGAUGCAGCGAGUGAUAUAACAGAGGGACAGCCCGUUGUAUCGGCAAUUGCGCCGGCUAGUGCAAAGAAGAGUGCACCAAUGCGGAGAGAUAGGCUCUCGAUGGGUAUGUCAUUACCGUUCAUGCGGAAUCGUGUCGUCUCUGACCAGGAUGUGCUUUUCGAUGCACCAAGACCCACUACUGUGCCUAGCCAACUGCAUCAGUCAAUUAAUGCAGAAGACACCAAGACUGGCGAAGACCCGGAGAAGAGCGAUUUUGGUGCAUCCAAUGAUUCACGACAUGUUGCAGAGCUGUCGAUUCCAUCACUCGAUAUUGACGAUCAAGAUAUCGAACAUCAAACAUCUGUUGGCGAUCACGACGAGUCGCUUGAAGCGUCUACUGAGGUGCCGGACAUUCUCAGUGAAUCUUUGUCUUAUGGACGACCGGGGUCUCAUGCUGGUGAGUCGUAUGAGGCAAUGUCGCCUGUCAUUAUGCGCGAUACACAUGCCAAGCCAGAAGGUCACGCCAAUAUGAGUCUCCUCGAAUUGUCGUCGUUUGUGGAUCAGCUGAAUCCCCAGCAUGACUAUGAAGAGGAAGCGCCCAUGUCUGACGAACGACCAGAAGAGCCAGAGACAAUUGAGCAAGCAGACGCUGAACCCGUCGAGGAAGAGCUAACGAGCACAACGACGAAGCCAGCUGCAAAGUUUCCAGAUGCAUCUGCAAAGCAACAAGCAUUCUACAGCAGUUCUGCGACGUACAAAUGCCCUGUCUCGAGUCAUUCCAGCAGUCCAGCUACACCUUCCAUGAACAAAAACAUCACAAUUCGCAAGAAGGAGGUGAAGCAGUCGAGAGAGGCAGGAAAGGAAGCAUCUAGACCAUCCACGGCUGACUCGGCCGCUGACCGUACGACAGCAUCAGAGCUGAAGCCAACCAACGACAUUUCAUUCUCCUUUGAGCCGUCUUUCAUUGGCACCGAAAUUGAAUCGCGGCCAGGAACGAUGGAAGCAAAACAGAUGCCUAGACUCGAUGCUGUGCGUGAAGCAGGAAGCACUCAAACCCCUGUGCAACAACGCAUUGCCGCUUUGCAAGCGCGUCAUGCCCAGUCUAGCUCACCAGCACCGAGCAAGACUGACAUGGGUCCAGAAUCCCGGCUUCAGAUGCACAGACGGCCCCUCUCUGGCGUGAGCGACUUGUCAGACGAUGGUACACCUGGACCAGUCCGCAAAUCAGGUGCAAUGGCGCAUCACCUGGUAGAUGAGUCUAAUGCGUAUCGCUCGCCUGCACCAAACUCAUCAGCGGACAGCAAAGCGCAGGCGCAUCGCUGGGAGACACCGGCGGCAACCAAGAAGUAUGCAAAUGAAGCACCCACAGAUACCGCCAUUGCAAAGCGUGUUGAGAAGUUUCAAAUACCUGCAGAGCAGCUGCAAGCACUUCAGCCAAGUAUUGAAGCACUGCGCUCUGAAACACUCAUGGAUCGCCAAACAGCGGAUCGACUGACCGUCAAGGAAUCUUCUGCACGUAUUGAUUCCCUGCAAAAGGAAAAUUUUGGUCUCAAGCUCAAAGUCAUGUUUCUCGAACGGCACUUUUCAGGGGAGGUGGAUCAAGACAAAACUGCUCUACGAAAUGAAAGUGUGCGUCUUGGCACUAUUGCCACAGAUCUCGUCAACAAGAACCGUGCACUUGAGCGAGCUUUGAAGCAAGCAACGGAACAAGUCUCGGCACUGGAGCUAGAAAAAGCCAAGGGCAACUUUGCCUUGGUCAAGGCGAACGGCUCAACCGAUACGGAUACGGAUACGCAGCAGAAGCUGCUGGCUGCAGAAGCGCAUAUCGAUCGACUUGAAGCCGAAGAGGACGCAGAGAUACAUGACCUCAAGGAAGAUCUGGCCGAUGCGAGAGAGCAUGUCGAGGCGCUCAAGACCGAGGUUGACACGCUGCGUGCGCAUCUUGAUGCCGACGAACGGUCCCAGACGAGCCGAUCUCGUGGCAUAGCUUCCGGUGAAGCCCUGCGGCACCGUUGCCUUGAUCUGGAAGAUGCGCUUGAUAGCAUGGAGCAACGCCACCAGAGACAAAUGGCCUUCAUGGAAGAGGAACUCGCCGAUAAAUCCGAUCUGCUUGCAGAAUGUCGAGAGAAGCUUGAGAUUGCGAUUGAAGACUUGCAACAAUACGACGCUCAAUUGGAAGAUGCCGAUCGUCUACGCGAAGCCGCUGUGGCUGAUGUCCGGACACUCUACGAGACGGAACGGCGCGAAUAUGAAAUGUACAUUGAAGACCGGCAUGCCGAAAUUGACGACCUCAAGCAACAGAUGCGGUCGCAUAAUCAGGAUUCAUACGAUGCGCGUCUUGCAGAUGCCGUCAAACCACAUGAAGAUGCGUGGCGGGAACUGUCUGCACAAUGUAGUGCCUUGGAGAUGGCCUUGCGUGACAAGCAGCGUAUCUAUGAUGAGGAUCGAUUCAGGCUCGAGUCUGAUUUAGCUGAGGCAACGCAGCGCGAGCGAGACGCAUUGGAAGAGGGAGAUGAGUUGGCUGAUGAGUUGGCACGUCUGCAAGAGGCGCAUCACGCGCUACAGGGCAAGUACGCGGAAGUCGACCACGAGCUGGCUCUGCGCUCGACAGCAGCAAGUCUGCCAAGCGCACUUUUGAAUGAAGAGUUGGAUGCGCUGCGAACAACUGUUGCUGCAUUGGAGAAGGAGCGUCAGGAUCUGCGAAUGGCCCAGCACACCCUUGAAAACAAGGUUCAGGAGACUGGCGAUAAAAAUGGCGCUCUUGAGGUGGAGCUUGAAAGUCGACGAGAGCUUCUGAGAAACUUGCAGCAAGAUUUGGAAGAGGCGCGACGCCGAGUGCCUGAACUUCAAAAGCAGCUCGCUGAUACUCGUGAGCGCUUUACCGCACUCGAUAUCAAAUGUCAGGCGUAUGAGACUGAUUUGGCUGAGGCCCACGCCGCACAUGAUGAUGCAACUCGCGAUGCGGAGCUUUUACGACGCCAGCUCAUGCAUGGUGCACAAGCUGAUGCGAACGCUGAAGAAGCCAAUCAAGCGCUUCUGAAAGACUUGGAAAAGGCCAACGCGCAAUGGCAAGAUGCCCAGAAGGACGCUCGACAAGCACGCGCAGAGCUGGCUCAGCUUCGCCGCGCGUUGCAAGAAUUCGAUGGCUUCACAGCAGAUGGGUCUGUCGCGGAAAUUGUGAAUGCAGUCUUUGCGAAUCAAAGAGCAGAGUCUGGCCGACUUAUGCAGGAAGUGGCUCGACUCCGUGAAGCCAAGGAAACUGAUGCCUACGCUCGUGCCUCGCAAGCUCGUUCAACGGAAAAGGCAGAGAAGGAGCUGGCAGCUGUGCAGAGGCAAGCAGAGUUGAGCAAAGCGAAUGCAGAGAAGGCAGAGCAAGCAUUGCGUCAGCGCGAAAAGGAGCUCGACAACCUCAAUAAGGCCAUGCGAACGCAAUUCGACGGUCAGGCCAAGCAGCAGCAGUCGAACGACCAGCAGAUGAAGGCGCGGGACACCUUGCUAGAAGCGAUGCUCUCAAAGCUUGCCUCAGUGCUGGAGGCUGAUCAAUGCCAGGUCCCACCUGCUACUGCAGAGGCGCCGAAACCUGCUCAGAACUUUACCAAGUUCAAAGAAGGCUUGUUUGCCGCCAUUCAGUCGCUACAGCAGCAAAAGCAACUUGCCCGUGGUGACCACCGACAGGCAGAGUCGGAUGCGCGCAGGAAGUGUGCGAGACUCGAAGCGCAAUUGCGGGAACAAAGUGCUGCACUGGCAAAGACCGAGGCCAAAAUACAAGACAUGAACCUCAGCCUACUUGAGGCAAAGCAGCAGACUGAGAAGCUCAAGGCGGAUAAUGAUGACAUGAAAGGAAAACGCGUGCGCACAGCAACGGCUUCUCGAGGCAACCCGAGCGGCACUGGUGCUGAUUCCGUGGUUGCGUCGGUGACUUCGCAUUAUCCCACGAGUACCAUGACUGAAGGCAGCAGGACAGAGAUGGAGACGGUCGCUAUACUGAGACUACGCUUGGAAGCCAUGGCAAAGGAACUCAAGCGUGUGCAGGAGUCCAAGCAUGAAGAGCACAGUGCAGAUAAGAAGCGCUUGGCCGAGCAAAAGCGAGAGAACAGGCAGUUGAGGGAGCAGAUUCAAUUGAGGCUUGAGAAUGGCUCUACAAGGCCUUCAUCAUCCAUGAGUGAGUCGCUCAAGUACAUAGGUUUGUAG